AUACAGUCAGAGCAGUAUGCUCAUCCACGAGCUGUAUGUAACAUGGCUGCAGUCCGCACUGGAUGUACAUUAUUAUUUCUAUUGCAUUUUUAUUUUUCACUGGUGUGUGUCAAGGGCGAGGAGUUUAAUGUGGAAGAGGACAUUCUCCAUGAGACCCCCCUGCAGAAGCCUACCAUCCUUAUUGCCAUUUUAGCAAGGAAUUCAGCUCACACGCUUCCUUAUUUUCUGGACUGCAUCGAUAAACUGGAUUAUCCUAAGAGCAGAAUUGCAAUUUGGGCGGCAACAGAUCACAACAUUGAUAAUACUACAGCUGUCUUACGGGAAUGGCUAAAGAGUGUUCAGAAGUUAUAUCACUACGUCGAAUGGAGACCUAUGUCUGAGCCUCAAUUUUACCCAGAUGAAUUAGGCCCAAAACACUGGCCAAACUCCAGGUUUGCACACGUAAUGAAACUUCGUCAGGCUGCUUUGCGCACUGCAAGGGAAAAAUGGUCAGAUUAUAUUUUGUAUAUAGAUGCAGACAACUUUUUGACAAAUCCCCAAACGUUAAAUUUGAUGAUCAAAGAAAACAAGACAAUUGUGUCCCCGAUGCUUGAAUCUCGAACUUUGUACUCCAACUUCUGGUGCGGAAUGACUCCUCAGGGUUACUAUAAAAGAACACCAGACUAUGUACUUAUUAGAGAGUGGAAGAGAAUGGGUUGUUUUCCGGUGCCAAUGGUUCACUCGACAAUGCUCAUAGAUCUCAGAAAGGAGGCAUCUGGAAAUCUACAGUUCUAUCCUCCACAUGACGAUUUCACAUGGACGUUCGAUGAUAUCAUAGUUUUUGCGUUCUCCAGCAGGCAAUCAGGAAUUCAAAUGUACAUCUGCAAUAAAGAGCACUAUGGAUAUCUUGUUGUACCUUUGAAAGCUCAUCAAAGCUUACAGGAAGACAUAGAGAACUUUAUUCAUGUCCAGACAGAAGCAAUGAUUGAUCGCCCUCCAUUGGAACCAUCUCGAUAUGUCUUUGUGCCACCCAAGCAUCCAGAUAAAAUGGGGUUUGAUGAGAUUUUUAUGAUCAAUCUUAAACGUCGGCAAGAUCGUCGCGCUCGUAUGCUUCGAAGUCUCUAUGAACAAGAGAUUGAAGUGAAGGUCUUUGAUGCUGUUGAUGGCAAAGCUCUGAAUGCAAGCCAGUUAAAGGUUAUGAAUAUAAAUGUAGUGCCAGGAUAUCAUGACCCGUACUCAGGAAGAACACUGACACGCGGUGAAAUUGGAUGCUUCCUCAGCCAUUAUUAUAUCUGGAAAGAGGUGAUAGAGAGAGGUCUUGAAAAAUCGCUUGUUAUUGAAGAUGAUGUUCGAUUUGAGUUGCAAUUUAAAAAUAGAUUAAUGAAGGUAAUGAAUGACAUUGAAGAAGCUGGAGUAGAAUGGGACUUAAUUUACAUUGGUCGAAAGAGAAUGCAAGUGGAACGUCCCGAAAAGGCUGUCCCUAAUGUAAUGAACCUAGUCGAGGCUGAUUAUUCCUACUGGACUCUGGGAUAUGCUAUCUCCUGGCAGGGAGCCCAGAAACUUGUCUCAGUGGAACCCUUAAGUAAAAUGCUACCAGUGGAUGAAUUCCUCCCUGUCAUGUAUAAUAAGCACCCAGUAGAGAAGUAUACAGAAUACUAUGAACCACGAGACUUGAAGGCCUUUUCCGUUGAGCCGUUGCUUGUGUACCCUACACAUUACACAGGUCAACCCGGAUAUAUUAGUGAUACUGAAACAUCUACCAUAUGGGACAAUGACACAGUAAUUACAGACUGGGACAGAAGGUACUCAGGAAAAUCAAAGCAGCAAGAACAGAUACACAGUGAUGCCCAGAAUACAGAAGCAUUGCCGCCCCAGACUACUCUCGAUGCAUCAUCCCGGGAUGAACUAUGAUUAUUUUAGUAAAUGUACAGAGCGCCUAGUUUUUGUAUAGAAUCUUUUUUAUUACUGUGAAUUUUUCUAGUGUAACAAAUAAGAGACUUUUAUAUAAGUUACUGGGUAUAAAGAACAUUAGAUAUCAAAUUCACAAAAAACUGCCAUGUAAAAUUGCUGCAAUGCCAUUCAUUCCGUUUACAUUCCUAUUGUGAAGAUUUUGUAGAAUACUAUUUAUGUAUAUGUUACGGAAGAUAAUAUAUUAUGUAUGGCAACAUCUGACAAUUUAAGUGAAGUAUUUGGGAAUAAAAAACUAAAUAUUUUUCCCUCUUCUCUAUUAUAGGAAAGUUAUAAGGGUCUCAGUACAAACUGUUGUAUGAGUAAUGUUUAUUUCAGAAGAUAAUGCAGAGGCUUUUACUCUGAAUGGGAGAUGUAUAACAUUUUUAAAUCAGACAUUUAUGUAAGACAUGGAAUAAAAGAGAAAAAAUAAAAUUGUUAUUUUAUUACAGAAA